GUCAGAUUACCUGGUUUGGCUAUGAAAGUCCUCGCAGUUUCUGGGACUACAUUCGAGUAGCUUGCCGAAAAGUCUCUCACAAUUGCAUCUGCAGUAUUGAGAACAUGGAGAAUGUCGGUUCUUCUAGAGCUAAGGGUCGAGCCUGGAUCAGAGUAGCACUUAUGGAAAAGCAUUUGUCUGAAUACAUUUCCACAGCUCUGAGAGACUUCAAAACAACCAGGAGAUUUUAUGAGGAUGGAGCAAUUGUUCUUGGUGAAGAAGCAAAUAUGCUUGCUGGUAUGCUGUUGGGACUCAAUGCAAUUGAUUUCAGUUUUUGUCUGAAGGGUGAGGGAUUGGAUGGCAGCUUUCCAGCUGUCAUAGAUUAUACACCGUACUUGAAGUUCACCCAAAGUUCUGACAGCAUCAGCAGUGAUGAAGAAGAGCUAAGAACGCUGGGCAGUAGUGGCAGUGAAGGCAGUACUCCAGAGAACAUUGGUCCUCCUUUCAUCACGGAUGAAAACAGUUGGUACAACAAAUGCAAAAGGGUAGAACAGAAGUACCGGCUUGCGUUGGAACAGAAGGGUUACCUUGAAGAAUUGGUACGACUCAGAGAAAACCAGCUAUCAGAAUCUGUCUCACAGAAUAAACUGCUGCUACAAAGAAUUGAAGAUAUGGAUCUAGCCCAUAAAAUGGAGAAGGAACAGCUGGAAUACAUCAUUGUGGAACUGCAAGACCAGUUGACUGUGCUAAAAAAUAACGACUUGAGAUCAAGACAAGAAUUAACUACUCACCUCACCAAUCAGUGGCCUUCCCCAGGAGCUCUGGAUGUCAAUGCUGUUGCCUUGGACACUCUACUCUAUAGAAAGCACAAUCAACAAUGGGAUGAGAAAAGUUUUCAAAGUCUGGACCAGCUUUCAGCAGAAGUUAGUCUUUCUCAAUCCUCUCUGGAUCCAGGUCACUCACAGGAUGGGAAGCAGGAUGGAAUGAGCUUGUUAAAUGAAGGAAAGGAAGACACUCCAUCACUGCUUGGUCUUUGUGGCUCUCUUACAUCAGUAGCAAGCUAUAAAUCUCUCACAAGUCUGAAAUCGAGUGAAUAUCUUGCAAGUCCCACAACAGAGAUGACAAGUCCAGGAUUAACACCAUCCUGAGAUACUUACGAGAAGGAAGAGCUUUGUGUCAUAUGCUUUUGGUUUGUGUUCCAUAAAACGACUUGCAAUGAAGACUACUAGUUCUGAGUUAAAAAAUAAGCUGCUUUAUUUUUUCUUUUCACGGUUACCCAUUUAUUUCACAAAUUCUGUCAGUUUUCAUUCAAACUUCUUUUUCCUGCAGAGGACUUUUCAGAUUUUCUAUUUUAGGUCUUGAAAUAUUUAAAGCUCUUGGUCAGGUACAGGACAUAUAAUCUGAUGCUUAUGACUUAUUUUUAAAAUGAAACAGUUGGAAAUCAGUUCCCUACUUAACUGCC